CCCUAAUUUUGACAGUUUGUCUAUGCAUGUCUCUUUCAUUGCCGCAAUUUGACAUAGCUCCUGACGUUUUUACAUAAUAUUCUUCCCAAAGGGUCGGAGUUUACCACAUAUACGAUGUCAUUAACGCUAGCUGUUCGUAACUGCAGCCGUUUUGCUGCAAAAUCACUGCGUGUAACUGCCGCAGUGUCGUUAACUGCCCAGCCACAAAUGCGUUUGAUGCACAAGGUUAGCAGCAAUUCACCUGCCGUAAGCGCUUUGCUAAAUCAGCAAAAUUACAAAAAAUCUUUUGAAGUGCGCACAUAUGCAUCAGCUAAACGCAGUUUGGAGGAAAUCCAAGAUCGUGUUUUGAAAGUAGUCGCAAGCUAUGACAAAAACAAUUCUGCAUGGCAAUCACAAUUUGUGCGAAACUAUUCUGCAAAGCCGCCACUUACUCUUAAAUUAAUAGGCGAACGCGUCUUGCUCGUACUGAAACUGUAUGACAAGAUCGACCCCAGCAAGCUCAGCGUUGACUCGCAUUUCAUUAAUGAUCUUGGUCUCGACUCAUUGGAUCAUGUGGAAGUUAUAAUGGCCAUGGAAGAUGAGUUCGGUUUUGAAAUUCCCGAUUCAGAUGCCGAAAAAUUACUGAAACCAGCUGACAUCAUUAAAUAUGUUGCAGACAAGGAGGACAUAUACGAUUAAGCCGUUAAAAUGAUUAGUUCUAUAAAGGAUAGUAAUGCACGCCAGUGAAAUGUAAUUUGUUUAAACACAUGAAAUGAGUGUAAUUUACAUUUACUGUUAAACCAAAUACAAACAAAAAACCUAAGAAUA